GCAUGGGUUUUCUUAGCUCAACUCAUUCCAGUCUAUUCACUUGUUUUGUAAACAGCUCCGUACGCUUCCACCAGUACAUAAACCAAAAGUACGAAAAAAUUUCGUGUUUAAACAUUUUUGGAAAUCUUUACUCAAGCAUUUCUCUUGCCUUAAACAAAAUUUAACCUAUCCUCCCGAAGAUGUGUUGCCAAGGAGCCUGUGGAUCGGUAUCCUAUGCCCUGGCUUAUGGCCCCGUCGGACCCGCUCUGCCAGCCAUGAACUAUAAUAACUGCUGCUGUGGACCCAAUCCUCCCUGUGGACCCUGGACAUGUCCUCCUAACAGGUGCUGUUGCGCCGGCGAAUGGGGUUGCUUUGGGCCUUUUUACUGAGAAACCCAAUGUUCAAAAAUUCCUGAAGAAAAAGAC